CUUGUCAGUUGUCAAAAUCAAAUAGAAUUUUUUAAUUCAUACCUUUAUCAAUCAACUUCCUUAGUCGAAUUUCCAAAGUAUUUUCUUUAUAUUCAAACAAGAAAAAGGCUAAAGUACAAAUGGAAUAAUACUUGUGCCAUUUGCGAGAUUUCUCACUAGGCAAGUAUCACGUUUUAUUGAAAUGUGCAGAAGUUGAAACAGAAUAUGAAUGAGAGUAGUUCAGUAGGUCCAGGAGGACCAAUAACACUUAAUAGAGAACAAAUUGUGAAAGAAGGGUGGCUUCAAAAGAGGGGGGAGCACUGGAAAAAUUGGAGAUCAAGAUAUUUUGUACUCUUGGAUGAUGGGGCUUUGGUUGGAUUUAAGAAUAAACCAGAAGAGUUCAGCCAGGUGGAGCCUCUAAACAAUUUCACAGUGAAAGGUUGUCAGAUCAUGCCCAUAGACAGGCCUAAGCCAUUUACGUUCAUAAUACGUGGUCUACAAUGGACAACUGUUAUAGAAAGGAUGUUUUGUGUUGAAACAGAGCAAGAUCGGGAAGAAUGGGUAGCUGCUAUUAAAAUGGUGUCAGAAAGAAUAUCUGAUUGCGAAGACGUAGAAAUGAACCCAGCAAACAGCGAGAUUGGAACCAUGGAGGAUCUGUGUGAAAAAUUCUCCUUACAAGGCACUUCUAUCUCCAAAUCCACAGGCAAACGGAAAGUGACUUUGGAGAGCUUCGAGUUCAUCAAGGUCUUGGGGAAAGGAACUUUCGGUAAAGUGAUUUUGUGCAGAGAGAAGGCCACAGGUCGAUUGUACGCCAUAAAAAUCCUCAAAAAAGAAGUUAUCAUUCAGAAGGACGAAGUUGCUCAUACUCAAACUGAAAAUCGCGUUCUCAGAAGUACUCAUCAUCCAUUUUUAACGUCACUGAAAUAUUCGUUUCAAACCAACGACAGGUUAUGCUUCGUGAUGGAGUAUGUUAACGGGGGAGAAUUAUUUUUCCAUCUUUCCCGUGAACGUGUUUUUUCAGAAGAACGAACCAAGUUCUAUGGAGCAGAAAUAAUAUCUGCCCUAGCUUAUCUGCACUCGCAGGGAAUCAUCUAUAGGGACCUGAAACUGGAAAACCUGCUAUUAGAUAAAGAUGGUCACAUCAAAAUUGCUGAUUUUGGUCUUUGUAAAGAAGACAUCACAUAUGGAAGAACAACAAAGACAUUCUGUGGGACUCCUGAAUAUUUGGCCCCAGAAGUUCUGGAAGAUAACGAUUAUGGUCAGGCAGUCGACUGGUGGGGUAUUGGAGUUGUAAUGUAUGAAAUGAUGUGCGGUAGACUACCCUUCUACAAUAGAGACCACGAUGUGCUGUUCACAUUGAUUAUGAUGGAGGAGGUGAAAUUUCCCAGGAAUUUGAGUAACGAAGCCAAGGACUUGCUGGCGGGUCUGUUGGUGAAGGACCCCACAAGGCGAUUAGGAGGUGGACCUGACGACGCUAAACAAAUCAUGGACCACCCCUUUUUCAGCAGUAUAAAUUGGAGAGAUUUGGAACAGAAAAAAAUUCCUCCGCCUUUUAAACCUCAGGUAACUAGUGAUACGGACACCAGAUAUUUCGACUCUGAAUUUACGGGGGAGAGCGUUCAACUGACGCCUCCAGAUACCAGCAGGCCUCUCGGAUCGAUACAAGAGGAGCCAUACUUUCCCCAGUUCAGCUUUCAGGAUCUGUCUUCGACUCUCGGCAGUUCUGCAUACAUCAGCGGAAGCAUGACCAGUGUGGCUCCAAUGCAGUGACUUUUCAUUAUAUAUAGUUCCAGGUACUUACAGGAGAUGAAAUCCACUAGGACAUAAGAAUAAAUCGUCAUCAUUUUUGUGAUGAUCUUUAAUACGUAAUGUACAUAGGAUUAAAUCAAUGAUUUAUUUCGAUGAACGAUUAAUACCACUAAAAUAAUUGUAUAUAUUUGAGUAUGUAAAUUAAUUAUCAAUUAUAUAUAGAUUAACUGAAAUUUUAAAAGCUGGGAGGGUAACUGAUUGAAUCAAUUCAUUAUUAGAAUUUGUUGUGAAGUUGUCCGGAUCGAGCAAUGCCAGAAAUUCAAUCGGUCUUUGUAGAAUUAUUUUCAUUAGUGGAUUACAGAUUGCCAAUACAAACGGGUAGUUUUCUUCCAUCAGUUAUAUGGUACUGUCGGAAAAUCCAUUAAGUAAUAGUUGAAUUGGUUAUUUAAAAAAUCAGGGUAGCCAGAGGUUGUGCUGGAAAAAAUAAACUAUGAAUGACUAUCGAAAGAGAAGUUCUGGGAAUCCCCCAUCUAUCUUGAAUUGUUAUGGUAAUAGGUAAACCAUUCAGAACUCACUGAUAUAUGCAGUACUCUAGAUAUCAUCAACUAGCACUCUGUUCAUUGCUGCAUCACCUUUGAUGUUUACCGCAGCUGUAGACGAAACGUCUGGCUUAAAGACCGGCAGACUACCAUCAACAAUUAUCUCCUGCCGCGAACUUUAAAUGGCCCUAAAAGCAAGACUAACCUUUGAAUACUUUUACUUUAUCAUUAUAACUCCAAAUAAACAGUUUAUAGCAGGAAACAUUUUUCAUUAUGGAAGAAGGACAUUAUUAUAGUGCAGAUGUAAAAAAUCCCCCUUUCGUCUUUUGAGCGAGACAAUAUAGUCAAGAUUAGAAAAAAGUUAACAUAAAAAGGUAUAGUUUUGAUAAAAAAGACUUGAGUUGAAUCACCUUUCGCCAAGAAAAUGCUACCAACUUUUUUUUGAAUGGCAAGGGGAACUUUUUGUCUCAGGAAUAAUGUCUUUGAAAAUAAUAUCUCGAGACUACAACAUCUGACAAAUGUCAAUAAUGCGCUUAAUAGAAUUGAGGAGGCUAGGAAUGUUAACGGCAUGUCUCGUACGUAUAAUUACGAGAAUGUUUUGUUCUGAGCCUUUUUUAACUGAGACCUUAACGCAGAUAUAUUUGUAGCUUAGAAAUUAUGAGGGGGUGCCAUAAGAAAGCUUUUCUAUCCAAUAGUGUUCCAUUUUUGGAAAUCGAUUCAACCGUCUCCACUGUUGAAUAUAGUAGGCAGAAAAAUAAAGACACUGACUUGACUGACAAAGAAUUUUAAAUGAAAAAUUGUGUUCAGUGAGGUUGUGUAGCUUAAGGAUAGUAAAUAUUUUUUGAAACUACAUACAUUAAAAUUAUUUAUUUUUUUAAAUAGUUGAGAGAUGUGGGUAAGUUAUUGUAAUGAAUGAUAAAUUGACCUGUUUAAAUUUUUUCGGGAGAAAUAUUGUUUAAAUAAAUGUCUAAUUGAAUAUGUGAUUUUGUUAGUUGGUGGUGAGUUUUAAAUUGGAAUGGCUAAUUUAAUGGAUAUGAAACCUUCUAAAGGUUAAUGGAGUCUCAAGUUAUGAUGAAGCCUCCUCCAUAAUCUAUUUUAUUUUUCCUUUGUAGCUCCCUAGGAUUGUUGUGCUGACUCUGCUAUCCACUGAGGUUUCAUUCACUUUCAUAAUUCUUGUAAACACUGCCAUGAAGGAUCCAAGCAAAAUUCCAAGCACAAGGGUUCUCUAUUUCAAUUUGCAAAGAACUGAUUCAGCCAUAGUUUUAAAGAAUAUUACAUUUUGGCAUUGCUGAUUUCGGACAAAACUCGAGAGUAACGCUUAGGUCACUCUGUAAUCAAACUAGUUUUUUUGGUAAAUGGUUAGCUUUUUUGUAAAUUAACAUUUUUUUUUUGAGGUAAUUUGAAGCAUGUAUAACAAACAACCAAUACAGGAGUUAUUUGUAAAUAUUAAAGUAAUUUAUUCAUUUUGUAAUCCUAUUUUCAACUAUAAAUUAUAAAUAUUUUGAGGA